CAAAUUGUUGCAUCAGCGUUUGCCUCCCCGCAAUAUCCGGGAAACGUGUAUGCCGGUGUCCUGAAUAAAGACUGUACAAAUUUGUAAAUUGUUGGAUCGUGUUACUUGUUCGUGCUUGUGAUAUUUUUGUCUAACUAUGGCGGAUGAGAGCGUUACAGAACAGAUGAAGGAUCUGAAAAUGGACGAGAAGAAGAAUAGCAAAGAUGGAGGAAAGAAGAAAAACAAGAACGCUGGUGGAGAUGCGAGUGGCAGGGCUGAGUUGAAUCCUCUACCACAGUACAUCGAUGAGCGUCUGUCCGUUUAUAACAAGCUGAAGACAGAACAUGAUGCCCUGCUGUCUGAGAAAGCAGCAAAAGACAGCAAGCCCAUCAAGAUCACACUGCCCGAUGGAAAAGUAGUAGAUGGGGAAUCCUGGAAGACCACACCUUACCAGGUUGCCUGUGGCAUCAGCCAAGGCCUUGCUGAUAACACUGUGAUCUCCAAAGUGAACAAUAUGGUAUGGGAUCUAGACAGGCCCUUAGAGGAAGACUGCAGUCUAGUGUUUCUCAAAUUCGACGAUGAAGAGGCACAAGCAGUGUAUUGGCACUCCAGUGCCCAUAUAAUGGGAGAGGCCAUGGAGCGAGUCUAUGGAGGAUGCCUUUGUUAUGGGCCGCCCAUUGAGAAUGGCUUUUACUAUGAUAUGUUUCUUGAAAAUGAAGGUGUAUCGAGUAAUGAUUUUCCCUGUUUGGAGACCUUGUGUAAGAAGAUCAUCAAAGAGAAGCAGCCCUUUGAGAGGCUGGAGGUAAAGAAGGAGACGCUGUUGGAGAUGUUCAAGUACAACAAGUUCAAGUGCAGGAUCCUAAAUGAAAAGGUUACCACCCCAACAACUACAGUUUACAGGUGUGGACCUUUGAUUGAUCUGUGCAGAGGUCCUCAUGUAAGACAUACAGGAAAGAUCAAGGCCUUGAAGAUCCACAAGAAUUCCUCUACAUAUUGGGAGGGCAAAGCUGACAUGGAGAGCCUCCAAAGGAUCUAUGGCAUCUCUUUCCCUGAUCCUAAGAUGCUGAAAGAAUGGGAGAAAUUCCAGGAAGAAGCCAAGAACAGGGAUCAUCGCAAACUAGGGAGGGAGCAAGACUUGUUUUUCUUCCAUGACCUGAGCCCAGGAAGCUGUUUCUUUCUGCCUAAAGGAGCCUACAUCUAUAAUACUCUGAUAGAGUUUAUUAGAAGUGAAUACAGGAAGAGGGGAUUCCAGGAAGUGGUCACACCGAACAUCUACAACAGCAAACUAUGGCAAACUUCAGGACACUGGCAGCACUACAGCGAAAACAUGUUCUCCUUCGAGGUGGAGAAAGAGAUCUUUGCUCUCAAGCCCAUGAACUGCCCUGGACACUGUCUGAUGUUUGACCACCGGCCACGCUCUUGGAGGGAACUGCCUCUACGUUUGGCUGAUUUUGGGGUCUUGCACCGUAAUGAGUUGUCUGGAGCUCUUACUGGCCUGACCAGAGUCAGACGUUUCCAGCAAGAUGAUGCACACAUCUUCUGCUCUAUGGACCAGAUUGAGUCUGAAAUAAAGGGUUGCCUGAACUUCCUACGUACAGUGUAUGAUGUGUUUGGCUUCACCUUCAAAUUGAACCUUUCCACCAGGCCAGAGAAGUUUCUAGGAGAACCUGAAGUGUGGGACCAGGCUGAGAAGCAACUGGAGAACAGCCUGAAUGAUUUUGGAGAGAAAUGGAUUCUGAAUCCUGGUGAUGGAGCUUUCUAUGGACCAAAGAUUGAUAUUCAGAUAAAGGAUGCCAUUGGCAGGUAUCACCAAUGUGCCACCAUUCAGCUGGACUUCCAGUUGCCUAUUCGCUUCAAUCUUACAUUUGUGAGCCAUGAUGGCGAUGACAAGAAGAGACCUGUGAUCAUCCACAGAGCGAUCCUGGGUUCAGUGGAACGCAUGAUUGCCAUCCUGACUGAAAACUAUGGGGGAAAAUGGCCACUGUGGCUGUCCCCACAUCAGGUGAUGGUGGUUCCUAUAGGACCCACUUGUGAGGAGUACGCCCAGAGAGUACAACAGGAGUUCCACAGGGGAGGGUUGAUGACGGAUGUGGAUCUGGACCCAGGCUGCACCCUGAACAAGAAGAUCAGGAAUGCUCAGUUGGCUCAGUACAAUUUCAUUUUAGUGGUGGGUGAAAAGGAGAAGAGCAGUGACACAGUAAAUGUUAGGACUCGUGACAACAAGGUGCAUGGAGAGAGGAGUCUGACGGACUGCAUGGAGCGACUCAAGGAGCUGAAGGCCUCAAGAACCCGUAACGCAGAAGAGGAAUUCUGAACUCCCUAAACAUCCUUCCAAGUCUUCCUUCAUAUGCCAUAUGCUCAGAUGCUACUGGGCAGCAGCGUGCUGCUAUUCUUCAUUGAUGAUCCAUAACUUCUCAACUGGAACUGUGUGGUUCAGGGGCUCAGGUUUUAAAACAGUGACAUUAUUUUAUAACUAAUCAUUCAGUUGUCCAAAAGUCUGAAGAUAUGAUUAAUUGUUAAUACUUUGCUUAAAAAAAAAAACUGUAAGAAAAAUAUCCUGGGAAUGUUUAUUUGUCAGAUAUCCAUUAUACUUUGUUAUAGGAAAGGGUCUUUUCUAUCAAUAUAUGUGAAUGGGUAAAUGACAGUAAUGUCUGGUAGCUUGUCUGAUGUUGUUGGGGGUUAAAUAAAACGGUAUAUCUUUCCAUUGUAUGCCUCACUUUUGCUAUAACGACUUAAAAUGCAGUCGAAAGCUGUUAUUGUUGGAAUAUUUAUAAUCAACGUGAAUAGUGGUGCAGAACACUGUUGCAGUAGAGUAGACGUAGUUGUUUACGUGUUUAAGCCCAAUGUUACUUUCACUUUCACUUAUUGUGCUGGUGAUUUAUUAGAAAUCGCCUGCUUGCAGUUUGCAUAUCUAACCGGACAAACGAGCGAGUAGUAAACGACAAGCAGACUUAAAAGUGUUAAUAUUAUUGGAUAUAUUUUAAUUGCUAUAGUGGAAGAAUGUAUGUUUUUUCCAUCGUGUACUUCUGCAGUCGGGCGUUUCAACCAUAGACUGUAAAAGGUUUCGACAGCUGAGGUUGGUUUUGUCCGCAGGAUGUUUAUUCACAAAUAGACUUCUGUUUUAGUUUUUUUUUUUUGUUUGUUUUUUUCUCUGUUAACUCCUAAACAGUUACAGAGAUGCUCUUUAGCUACAAUUAAACGGAGUUCGGCGCUGCUUUAAGGGGAAAAAAGGAUUUUUUAAAUGAUUUCCCUUAAAAGUUCUGCGAUGGAGUUUACAGACGAGGAGAAAAUAUGGCUGCAAAGAGUGUCUGCUGAAAUACCUGAAGGAAAUGAACUCACUCCAAAGGAGAAGCAAUUACAGGAGAAAGCGAAGCCAGAGACUGAAUUUCAGGCCCAGCUCUUCCAAACUAUGGCCUCCAUACGAUUUGCACUGAAUGAUCUAAUAAAAACCAACCAACCAACAAUAGAGGUGAAAAACCCCGUCCAGCAGAAGAGCAGCAUCUCAUCACAAUGUGGAUAAACAUCAAAUACCAAGAUGUCGCAUUUAGGCCUACUUUUUCUUUUUGGUUAAAUAAUGGAGAAUAAACUAACCUAAAACAAAAUCUUCUGUACAUAACAGUGAUGUCAAGUGAGAAUACAAGUUCUUCUUUUUCAUGAUCUCAACAGGGUAUUCUUACGUCAUUAAAUGAUUUAUUGGUGGAUUUCAGGUUUAGAUCAUCAGAUUACACCAGACAAUGCAGCAGCACUGAGAUUUAGUGACCUCAGCUCAUGAAAUGUUUCCUCAACUGUGAACAACAGGACGCUUCAUUAUGCUAUGUAAUGCUGACUUGGAGAAAAUAAUGCUAUUGCUAUUUGCUAUUUGUUUUUUGAAAUAUUACUGGUGCUUUUUUCACGAUACACAUUGAUGCUUUUGAAAUGUUUGCCAUGCAAAGUUCUCCAAAAACUCAGUAUGCAUUGUUUUUAUCAUGUUUGCAGGGAUGAUAACAUCUCUACCUCAAAUACAAUAGUAAACCGUACAAUACAUUUUUUCUUUUGCACACAUGUAUAAUAAAUUGGACCAUGGCAUUUUGGACAAUUGCAGAGUUCUAAUUUUCAGAUGUUUCAAAAUUGUUUAUUUAUAUGAUUUCUAUCCAUGGCUCACACAAAGCUUAUACAAAUUUUAUUUCCAAAAUGUCUGUGCAUUCCACACUUUCAAUUUUAGCCUAACGUUUUGAAAGAAUUUGACUGUAUUUUAAAAUGAAUAAAAAUUAAAAUGAA